AUGAAACAAGAGCGAGUCUGGGGAAAUCAACCCUGGCCGCACAGGGCCACGAGGGGUCAUGAGAACUUCGGCCAUCUGAGGCUCGCACCCUUAUUACAUCCUGCCGCUCUAACUCCAGGCAUAUUUCCUUCUGUCUACAUCUUCAAGAUGGUGGAAACUCCAGAUCUCAGGGAGCGCCUGGCGCGGGCCUCUCAGUUCACUCGUAUUGUGAUGCGUUGCAUUGGCGGUGGACGCGAUUUCCCAGACACAUCCCAGAAGGCCUUGUCCCUGCUAUGCGACCUACUCGACCUCCUUUACCGUGUCCGCGACCAGCUCAGCUGGGCGGAUGAGAAAUGGAUCGUCUACCCGGCACGGCUCGAUGCGUUGAAUGAAUUGCUAGGCCUGUUCGAAUCAACACUGCGGAUGAUCGAAAUCUAUCUUCACCCCGGCGGCGUUGGUGCGCCUGAAUAUCGAAAGAAGCUCCUCGAGCGGAUAGUCAUCCCUCGAUUGGAGCAGUACAAAGUCGUCUUCAUACUCUCUAUGCAACCAGAGUGGGAUUUAAGAGAGAGAACUUCAACAGACCAGGACAUUAGAGGCUGUCUUCGGCGGCACCAUGAAAUUGAAUCCGCAAAUCUGCAAUACAACCUACAAUAUGAGGACGAUAUCCUCGUACAAACGGAUCGACUUGCGUCUGAGAACUUUAUCACUCUUGCAGAUCUGUGCAAUAGGCGACAACGAGGGUCAUGCCGGUGGAUACUAGAGGAUCCAACAUAUAAGCAGUGGCUGCACGGCGCAUUCAGGUCUCUAUACUGCCUCGGUCCUGCGGGCGUUGGGAAAACUUUCCUCUCGUCAGCUGUUGUCGACUCUCUCCAAAGGACCUUUCUAUCUCCAGACGUUGGCGUUGUUUUUGUUUUCUGCCAUAAGGAACGAGAGAAGGAUCAGGGAUCGACAACAAUUCUUCGGAACAUCCUGGCUCAAUUGGUCUAUCGCAGACGGGAACUCUCUUAUUCAACCAGUUCCUUAUACCAUUUUGAGUCGUUGUCGACGGCAAAAGCAUCCUCAAAAGCGUAUCAACACGCAAUUCGCGCGGAAGUCAACCGAUUCUCAAAGGUCUUCUUCGUCAUCGAUGGCCUGGACACAUUCUCCGAUAAAGAACGUCUUUUGAAUCGUCUCCAGAGACUCCCAGACCAUGUCCAACUCUUCAUCACUUUAAGAGAGGUCAAGUCUCGUGAUUCGAUCCAAUACAUUCCCGCUUCUACCCCCGCAGAAGAUAUUCGCCGCUAUGUUCUUGCGCGAAUCCGUCAGGACGCUACUCUUACACAUCUCGUCGAGGAAGAUUCGUCUAGCCUUAGGCUCCAGGAGGAUAUGGUUCGCUACAUAGUCGAGAAAUCUCACGGGCUGUUCUUGCUGGCACAGUUGCACAUCGAUCUACUGGCAAGGUACAACGACAAAAAUCUUGCUCAUAGUGCACUUUCACACCUACCAGAGAGUCUAGAUGAAGCGUACAGCGAGGCGAUGAAACGGGUAGUGAGCCAAAAUCCCCACGCAAGACGAUAUAUUUAUUGGACCGUGUAUGCAUACAGACCGUUGACUGUGGCAGAACUCAAGGCUGCCACCAACGAGGACGCCGAGCCCUCAAAAGCAAACGGGGAUAUCGUUUCCUUUGAGAAGAAGAUCCUCACCGAGACCUGUGGGCUCCUCACAAUUGACGGUGUUACCGGGACUGUGCUCCUUGUCCACAAGACGGCAAAUGAGUUCUUUACUCGGACGGCCGCAGCCAGCGCGUACUUGUCCAGCGCCCAAAAGGAGAUAGCAGAGACUUGUCUCACUCUGAUUUCCGCUGAUGAGGUUGUCGAUGAUUGUUACUCGAAUCGCAGCGAUACCCCACGCAGCUCAACUGGAAGCCUCCUAAACUAUGCGGCCACUUACUGGGGAUAUCAUGCGCGCGAGGCUGCCGAAGACGAGCAGACCAUCCAAGUAUUGAUCACAACUUUUCUCAAUAAACUCUCGUGGAGAAGACCUUCUAGAAACGAGAGUUCAAUGAACUCGUGCGAGAUACCCCAGGAACUCGGCCUCGGCAAAUAUCCAGAUGGCUGGACUCAGCUGCAUAGCCUUGCAUACUUCGGCAUUGUUUGCCGUGCAAAGCGUCUUAUAGAACAAGGCUUCGACGUCAACGCUCACGAAAACUGCCAUGGAAUGACCCCUCUCCAUUGUGCAGCAUACAAGGGCAAUGAGAAAAUGGUAGAGCUGUUGCUGGACCACGGGGCUGACAUGCACGCCCAAAUGGAAAAUGGUGACACCGCAUUACACAUCGCAACCGCGAGAGGCCAGCGCAAGGUCAUGAAACUGCUCCUUGCGCGCAAUUUCGACACAACGAUAACAAAUCGAAAAGGCUUCCCGGUACUUCAGGUCGCUGUGGGAACGGCAGAUGACGAAGCGACAGUUCCCCUGUUGGUCAAAAGCAAGGUCGAUGUAAAUGCAGUGAACCCGUCCUCUGGAGACACCACGCUUCACCUCGCGGUAGAGUAUAAGCGACCACGAAUCUUGCUCUUUCUCCUGAACAAGGGUGCGAAUAUCAACGCAUUCAACAAGCAAGGCUUGACGCCACUUCACCUCGCCGCAAAGUUGAAUAACUGUGAAGCACUCAGCCUGCUUCUUGAACGCGGUGCUCAGGUCGAAGCUCGUGCGCAGUUUGGCAUCACGCCUCUACAUGUAGCCGCCAACUCCGGAAACUGGAUCGCUUUUGAUCUGUUGCUCACUGCAGGCGCAGACAUCAAUGCGUGGGACACAAAGGGGGAGUCGUUGCUCCAUAACGAGGCCAGGAACCCGGCUGGCAUGUUGGUCGCCGCGAAGUUGCUGGACCAUGGCGCCAACAUCGAGGCACGGACAUCUCGAGGCUAUACGGCUCUCCAGUGCGCCGCGAUGGCCGGCAACAAGGCGAUGUUUUUCUUUUUCCUGAGUCGGGGCGCCAACGUGGAAGUGGAGACACCGAGUGGUGAAACUCUGCUGCAUAUCACUCCCCCCAUCGACGACGGCUGUCUGGAGAUCCUGAAAACCCUCCUUGAGAAAGGUCUCGACGUGAAGAGGACCUCGAGUCAGGGCUGGACCCCUCUCCACCAGACUUGUUUCAAGGGCACGGGUUCACCGGACAUCGCGCUUGACAAAACAGGCGAAUACAUUGAUCUUCUUCUAUCUCACGGCGCCGAUAUCAACGCUGUUUCAGACAGCGCAACGGGCGAAACCGCGCUCCAUCUUGCCACGACGGCGGCAAUCUCCCGUCCAUCACUGGUUUCCCUUCUUCUCGCCAGGGGUGCUUCGGUCAAUAUGAAAACACGCGACGGCAAGACAGCACUCCACCUGGCGGCGGAGCGGGGUCGCGAGUCCAUCUUUCGCAUCUUGCUGGAAAGCGGCGCUGACCCGUCAAUUGUGGCGCCGUCGUCCAGCUGUCCUUCUAUAGCCAUCCACACUACUACCGGGAGUAAUGACAAUGACAAUGACGGCAGCAGCAAUGGCGUUGUUAGUGGAGGAGGAGGAAGAGGAAGAGGAGGCGUCACGGCCUUUGACCUCGCUCGAAAAAACCCCCUGGGGAGACUCUGGUUCGACGAGGAGGGCAACCUGCGGCCACCGCCAGCAGGGAAAAGCCGUCCGACGAGUGUCUCAACGAUCAUCGACGACGACUCAAGUUCAGAAGCAGUAAAUGGUGAAGAAGAUGAUGAUGAUGAUGACGGUGCCGCGACAGAUGAGAUUGGAGGAUCGACGCUCGUCGGGGACGAGUCUCAGAUUCAGGGCCGAGCUUCCUGCCAUCAUCUUCAUUCUCCUCCUCAAGUUCUUUCUUCAAUAGCGCCGGUUAUUAAUUCUUCUUUCAUUGCCUAG